GCGCCCCCCAGGCACCCACACCCCGGCACCCCCGGGGACCGCUCCGGGAGGCGGCAGCAGCGCCUCCAGCUCCACCAUGACGCGCCCCAAGCGCUCCAGACGGCCCGGCGCGGGCGGCAGCGAAAAUGUGGGCACCAGGCCUGAAGUCAGUUUUGCAUAGGGCUUGGAGUAGAUGUUGGAUGGCAGAACCCCGGGCCACGCAGGGUGCUGAGGAGCCGGGGACUGGGAGCCACAGCUGUGACUUAUCAGGAGAAGCCCCUGGGGCCUGGCGCUUCUGCUCAAGGGGGUUACUGCUCAAGUAAGGAAAUGCAGCUGCCAACUCUUGGACAACCGUAAAACCUCACAAGCUUCAAGCCUCACCUCCCCUGAGGAAUCUCCAAAUCUCAGAACUUCCCUGUCACUGCAGCCUCGAAUUUAAGACCCAAGACUGUUGGGCCCAAGGAAACCUGGGUGUUUUUAAGCCCGUCCGGCACCAAAGAAGGCAGAGUCCCCACUUGCUUUGUCAUCUUGGGCAAGUCCGUCAACUACUCCGUGCCUCUGUUUGGCCCAUCUGCGUAACAGCCAUGAUGACAAGAUGGACCGAGAAGGGCUGUGGUGAGGAUUGAACGUGAUCAUUUGGGAGACUUGUCCAACAUGGUGUCUGGCCUGGGGAAAACUGCCAAUAAAUGUCAGCUACAGAGAGGAUGGUGGAUACUUGGCAUCCAAAAACCCUGGAAACUAGGAUUUUUCAAAGUAGAGAAUUGCAAAGACUGAGAUCGUGGUGUCCCUGAAUAGGAGAGGGUCGGGGUCCUAAGGUGCCUCUGGGCUUCAUGAGGACAGAUGCAUUAACACAGGGAUCUUCCCUGUAGGGUACCCUCCAGGUUAGAGCUCUCAGGCCUUACGGCGUGAUAAGGCGAGACUUUUCUCCCUCUCCUUGCUCAGUGAUGCAAAGUGGAUUCUGGGAGCUAGUGAUUCUCAGACUGUUAGAUUCUGUAAAUUGUGGCAGAUAGAGAGGGACUCCCUGCCUUUUCCUCUGUGAAAUAACUUCCACGUCCCCUUCUGUAAGGAGACACAUUACAGAUCUCCCCCUCCCUGGGCAGUAAGAACAGUGAUGACCAUAUCAAUUCUGCUUAAGGAGAUACUGAGGCAUGGAGCAGGGCAAAGUCUCUGGAAACCCAGCCCUAUUCAGUUUCUUUCCCUGGUGUUUCUUGUCCCAUCACAUUCACAGAGUGGUGUCUCUACCUGCUUGGGACACCUCUGUGAUUUAUUUGAGUCCCCCCCCCCUUUUUUUCUAACUCUGCACACUUUUGUGUAAAAAACUGUGGUUUCUCAUGAGCCCUGUUAUCUCAUUGAUACCUCUCACCUCUGUGGCGAGGGGAAGAAAUCAUAUUUUCAGAUGACUCGUAAAGGGCAAAGAAAAAACCCAAAAUUUCAAAAUUUCCGUUUAAGUCUCAUAAUCAAGAAGAAGAGAAACAGAGCGAGCGAGCGAGAGAGAGAGCAAGAGAAAGAAAAAACUAUGAGAACCCCCCCACCCCGUGAUGAUCAGCACACACACACUCAUCGAAAAAAAAAAAUUGGAUUAUUAGAAGAGAGAGAGAGAGGUCUGUGGCUUCCACACCGUGGUUUUUCUUCUCAGUAUAAAAGCAAAGUUGUUUUUGAUAUGUGACAGUUUCCCACAAGCCAGGCUGAUCCUUUUCUGUCAGUCCACUUCACCAAGCCCUCGGACAAGGACUCAAUGCCCAACCCCAGGCCAGCCAAGCCCUCGGCCCCUUCCUUGGUGCUUGGCCCAUCCCCGGGAGCCUCACCCAACUGGAGGGCUACACCCAAGACUUCAGAUCUGCUUGGGGCCAAGGGCCCAGGGGCAACUUUCCAGGGCCGGGACCUCCGAGGCGGGGCCCAUACCUCCUCCUCCUCCUCUUUGAACCCCAUGCCACCAUCGCAGCUGCAGCUGCCCACAGUGCCCCUAGUCAUGGUGGCACCCUCUGGGGCACGGCUGGGCCCCUCGCCCCACUUGCAAGCCCUCCUCCAGGACAGGCCACACUUCAUGCACCAGCUCUCAACGGUGGAUACCCACACUCGGACCCCCGUGCUGCAGGUUCGCCCACUGGACAGCCCAGCUAUGAUCAGCCUGCCGCCACCCACUGCUGCCACCAGUGUCUUCUCCCUCAAGGCCCGGCCUGGCCUGCCACCUGGGAUCAACGUGGCCAGCCUGGAGUGGGUGUCCAGGGAGCCCGCACUGCUCUGCACCUUCCCAAGCCCCAGCACACCCAGGAAAGACAGGUCAGUGGACCAGGCUGGGAAGGACCCUUGCUCUGCCGUUGCCUCCCCUUACACCUUCUGUCCUCCUAGUGCCCUCUCGACCGUGCCCCAGGGCUCCUACUCACUGCUGGCAAAUGGUGUCUGCAAGUGGCCCGGAUGUGAGAAGGUCUUCGAGGAGCCAGAGGAUUUCUUCAAGCACUGCCAGGCGGACCAUCUCCUAGAUGAGAAGGGCAAGGCACAGUGUCUUCUCCAGAGGGAGGUGGUGCAGUCUCUGGAGCAGCAGCUGGUGCUGGAGAAGGAGAAGCUGGGAGCAAUGCAGGCCCACCUGGCUGGGAAGAUGGCCCUGACCAAAGCCCCAUCCACGGUGUCAUCGGACAAGGGCUCCUGCUGCAUCGUGGCCAGUGGCACUCCCGUCACCACUGGCCCAGCGUGGCCCAGCCCCCAGGAGGCCCCUGAUGGCCUGUUCGCUGUGAGGAGGCACCUCUGGGGCAGCCAUGGAAACAGCACGUUCCCAGAAUUCUUCCACAACAUGGACUACUUCAAGUUCCACAACAUGCGGCCCCCCUUCACCUAUGCCACCCUCAUCCGCUGGGCCAUCCUGGAGGCUCCCGAGAAGCAGCGGACACUCAAUGAGAUCUACCACUGGUUCACGCGCAUGUUUGCCUUCUUCAGAAACCACCCUGCCACCUGGAAGAACGCCAUCCGCCACAACCUAAGCCUGCACAAGUGCUUCGUGCGGGUGGAGAGUGAGAAAGGGGCCGUGUGGACCGUGGAUGAAUUCGAGUUCCGCAAGAAGAGGAGCCAGAGGCCCAGCAGGAGUGCUAACCCCACACCCGGCCCCUAACCUCAAAACCAAGGAAAAGAGGAAGGAUGGACAGGGGCUGAAAUAGGCGGUGGAAGUAGCCAGGGGUAGGGGUGAUGGGCCCUGGACAUGCCCACUGGGGCCAAGAAGUGAGGUAUACACGGUCUUGCCUGCCAGGGACCCUGAGCCUCAGAAGACCACCCUUCUGGAGCAUCCGCCCUGUACCAAGGCUGCUCAGAGGGGCCCUGGCCCCUGCCCCCUGGCCCAGCUUCCCACAACAAGCUCUUUAGCCAAACUGAGCCUUCACACCAACCACACACACAGCCUGCCUCGGUCGCUCAGACAGGUCACCUUUGGGCUGGAAGACACACACACACACACACGGGCCAUCCUGUCUCUUGGACACAGGACCAAGAACCUGCCUCAGUACUCUCGGAUAACCACAACCUCUAUAGCCUCACAGACCAUCGCACCUGAGCAUGGUCCUGUCAACCCACAACCCCUGAAGCACACACCCACGGCCAGCCCCCUGCCUGGCACACACGUGCAUGUGGUGUCACAUGGGGUGCACCCAGCACACCCCACCCCCGCCCUGCACAGAAGCAGCCUUGGUACCUUUAGAUCUCAGGUCCCAAAGAGCCACACAAACACACCCCAGUCAUGCACAUUCUCAUGCAGCUCCCAAGACAUCAGCUCGCUCACACAGGCCAAGAGAACACACAGGGACAUCACAAGUGCAUACACAUGCACUUGGUACCCCAGUGGGUCUCCGGGGUCCCAAGUGGGCUUUCACAGCCACACCCAUGGAAUCGCCAAAUAGAUCCCAUGUCUCACCUGCCGCCAGCCCCACCUCCCCGGCCUUGAACGCUAUGUCCCCAUCCAGGCCUCAGCUUAGACUGCAGACAGAGCCCCUUCUUUAUUUGGGAUCCAAGGUCCUAACCCCAGCACCCUCUCCAAUAAACGGCAGCCAAGUUCC